AAUAAAAAGGACACACAGUUAUGCAUACUUUUGGCUUGGAGAAGAAGACAUCCCAAGUUUGGAAUUCAUGAUUUGUUGUACAACGGUUUUUAACUUAUUGCUACACGUAACAGAAUGCAAAACGAUAACGAACCAAAUCCAAAAAUGGAGCGCCAACAACGUGAACCAAAGCACCAUAAUCUGUUGAUUUGCUACCGCUGUUGAGCAAAUUCGGGAACGAGAAGAAGCAGAUUGCACCCUCUCUGAAAUGGAGAAACCAACGAGCAGCUCCGUGAAUGUGCCCACUGCCGGCACGGCGUCGAUGCUGGUGGAGACGGUGGCUGAUUUGAUGUCUAUGUAUAUGCAGACUGGUCACCUGAAUAAUCUCUCAGUUUUCAGCGACCUCUGCCUCUCUCUAGCCAAAGGCAUUGAUCAUGCAGUUGCUAACAACGAGGUCCCCUUAAGAUCACAUGAGCUACCGUCACUGUUGAAACAGGUGUACAAGUAUAGGAGUGACUUUUCCAUUCAAGAGGCUUCUAUGGUGCUACUGAUGUACGUCAAGAGUGCGUGCAAGGUUGGAUGGUUUCGGAAUGAAGAUGCUAAUGAUCUGCUUAAACUUACCCAGGAGGUUAGCAGAUACUUCUCUUGUGCUGAAGAUGUUGACGUUGAACCCCGCUGUGUUCAGCCUUUUGUUUCAAGAGUAUUACCAAGAUUCUGUCCAAAGCUGAGGAUGGACAGGAUAAUAGCCGCUUUUCAAAUCAAGCCUGGAUUUGGAGCCUUUCAUGCUGGUUUUCAUAUUAUAAGGGGAAUGUUCUCUCCAGGGAAGGAAGAUAUAUUGUUACUUGUAACAAAUGUUGAUAACAUGGAGACCUCUUCCUGCAUGAUUGCUCCACCAGAGACAAGUUUUCUUUUAAAUGGAAACCGACUCGAGGGGACGACUAAGGACUGUGUGCAGCAGUUUCCCACCAUCAUCACUAAAAUGCUCAAGUAUGGUGUCAAUCUUCUACAAGUCAUUGGAAAAUUUAAUGGAAAUUAUAUUGCUGUAAUCGGAACAAUGAGUUCACUACCAUCUCUAGCGUCAAAAGAUUGUAGUAGAGCUCCUUUAGCUCAUUCAGAUCUGGAAAUUGUUGAGACCUCAUCAAGAGUCUCGCUUAAUUGGCCCAUCAGCAAUUCUUGCCAGGUCUCGAAUCAGGCAGGUGACGAGUUGGUUGAUAUAAUCACAGCAGCAAAUGGAUCCCGGAAACCAAUAUUAUGGGACGAUGGUAACCCAAGUCAAAUAUAUAGCAAGAGUCAAUCCAAUAAGCAGCUAGCGCAUGAAAAUAAAUACAGCGUAGAUCCUCCAACUCUGGAUGAAAUUCAAAUGCAAAAGAAACCUAGAAUCGUUGUGCAUGCUUCUAUUCAAGUUACACCAGUGAAAAUAAAUGCCCCGGCAAGCUAUAGUCAACAACCUCAAAGAGCCUUCCUGGUGCCAUCUCAUCUAGCAACAUGUGGAGGAAGGUCAAAAAAUGUGCUCAGACAUGGUUAA